CAGGGGGCGGGCGGCGGUGACGCGCGCGGAAGCGUCCUGGGCACGGUCGCUAGCUGGCGGGCAAGCGGCGCGGCUGAGGAAACGGCCGCGGCCCGGGCGCCCCGACGGGAGGGGCUCCGGAUCACUGGGAGGCGGCCGAAGCCCUGCGGCGCCGCCGCCGCCAGCUGUGGCCCCAUGAGUCGGGGGACGAUGCCUCAGCCCGGAGCGUGGCCAGGAGCUAGCUGUGCCGAGAAGCCGGCAUGGGAGGCGGGGGCCGCGGCGCCGGAGGGCGGGAAGUCUGCGGCCGGCGGGCCACCGCGGGUUGCGGUGCGGUGCCCGUCCCAGCACGAGGAGGACAUGUAUCGUGCGGCGGAUGAAAUAGAAAAGGAGAAAGAAUUACUUAUACAUGAAAGAGGGUCAUCAGAACCUAGAUUAAGCAUAGCUCCUGAAAUGGAUAUCAUGGACUACUGCAAAAAAGAAUGGAGGGGAAAUACGCAAAAAGCAACAUGUAUGAAAAAGGGCUACGAGAAGGUGUCUCAGAAAUUCACCUCCAUUAGGCGAGUCCGUGGAGAUAACUACUGUGCACUGAGGGCCACACUGUUCCAGGCCAUGAGUCAGCCAGCGGCGCUGCCCUCCUGGCUGCAGGACCCGGAGCUCACGCUGUGGGCAAGCCUGGCUGAACUGAGAACUGCGGAAGCAAGGCAGAUGGCUUGUGAUGAACUGUUCACAAAUGAAGAAGAGGAGUACAGCCUCUAUGAAGCUGUAAAGUUCCUAAUGCUGAACAGAGCCAUCGAACUCUAUGAUGAUAAAGAGAAGGGAGAGGAAGUGCCGUUUUUCUCUGUGCUUCUCUUCGCUCGGGAUACGUCGAGUGACCCUGGGCAGCUGCUGCGGAACCAUCUGAACCAGGUGGGGCACACUGGCGGCCUGGAACAGGUUGAGAUGUUCCUCCUGGCCUAUGCUGUGCGCCACACCAUCCAGGUGUAUCGGCUCUCCAAGUAUGGCACUGAGGAGUUCGUCACGGUCUACCCCACCGACCCCCCCCGGGACUGGCCGGUGGUGACCCUGAUCGCCGAGGACGACCGGCACUACAACAUCCCUGUCCGAGUGUGCGAGGAGACCAGCCUAUGAGCUGCGCUUAGCCCGCCUGGCCACGUGGCUGAGGGGCGCAGGCAGCCCCUCGCUGGGGCCUUGGGCCUGCAGGUCCCUGAGCCUUUAGCCUCACCAGACUGGAAUGUUCUGGGGACUAGCUUUGGCAAAUCAUAAGUAACCACGAUUUUUAACCCCUCAUCUGUGACACAGUACGUUCCCAUGGGGGCCUUCAGAGCACACCUGUUAAAAGGUGCAAACUACACCUCCUCCAUAAAACAGAUACUUUUAUAUCAGAGGAGUCGCAUCCUGGACAGAAAAGUGUCCAAAGCGCGCUCUCAUAGUAAACUGGCUUUCAAUUUUUUUUUUUUUAAAGGUGGUAACUUUUGUUCUGGUGGUCACGGCGUCUGCGGUGCCCUUUCUCUACAUCUAUGCAAUCGGUUCACGCGGUGGAAGUCAGGGGCAGAGCCUGCCAACAGCCCAGCAUCCUCUGCUAGUCUCACCCAGCAAUGGUGUGAAUCCACAUGUUAAUUAAAGCUCUUGUAAGCUGAGUGUCUAAUAGAAGAAUCAACUGGUCCAAAAGCGAGCUGCUUAAAGGCUGGAGAUGGGGUUGUAGGAGGAAGCAGCGGCCCCAGGACUCUUGCUCUGCCAGGACGUGCCAGGUGCCUGUGGUUUCGGACACCCUGGCUUGGGAGCCUGGUAUGGGGGUGGGUGGUCGGCAGGAAAGCCCCUGGGAUCAGGGGCUGUUCCUUCAUCUCCAGUUCCACAGAUUCACCAUCAUCUAGUCAGAGUCAAGCUUAGACCCGUGUGCGUUUUUAGCGGAAGCCAAGGCCAGUUGAUGAGUUUCUGGAGAGUGCUUUCAUUGCCAGGUUCCUGUCCCGCAUCUGUUAGGGGGGAUGAGUUAGCAGCAGAGGGUCUCUGGUUUUCAUGAGUAAGUUUUCAGGUACAAGAACAUGCUUAACGCUGACUGCAGAAGCAUGGCCGAGCUGCACCCUUGGUUGAGUUUGGGAUGCCCAGGGGAGGCAGCAUUCUGGCCACGAAUGGUGGCCUUGCCUAGUCAGUCACAGGCUAGGGUGGUGGCUGAGAGGUGGGGGUGGGCUCGGGCAGCCCACCUGAGCCUUGUCUGCAUCAGGGCCCAAAUCCCUGUGGUGUGUGGACACCUCACUGUUUCAGACUAUCAGCAGCACCUGGAUCGGCUCAGUAUUUGUGGAGAUGGUGUUACCCUUGAAGUACUGAGCUUUAUUCUAUAAUAAUUAUAAUCUUUAUGUGGUUUAAUGCAAUAUAGUUGAUAAGCUAUCUAAUCUGUUCUCCCUCCCCCCACCCCACCCCCAGGGACAGAACUUUUGUGAAAAUGUAAGUUUUGCUUUUAUUUAAAAAUCAAAAUUUUCGGUUGAGAAAAAACUCAGAGGACACAGAAGACUAUGCAGACUGUUAGGCGAGUAUCCCUCCCAUUACCUCAUCAGUAGUAUUCACAUUGUGGUAGAUGCUUAACUCAUUAGGGCGGUUGAAUUGAAUUUUACUCUAGAUGUGUGUGAAUGUGUUGGAGAGGCUUUGUCUUUCACUGUGAAAUGCAAUGGUGCCUCGAAUAUGAAUAAGAAGGUAUCUGGAAACCAAAUGAAAAUAAUGACUUCCUGUUGGCUUGGAUGCUUCAUUUUAUGUUACAUGAUUUUCAUGCAACUUACAAGAGGAAAUGCUUACCAGUUCAUUCUUGAACAUGUUUAAAAGCACAACUUCAAACACUUCAGUUGUACAAGGGAGUUGGUGUCUGUGUCCAUCAAACCGCUGGCAGAUCUCCUCUGUUGAGUUUAGUGAUACUCAUGAUCUCUGCAUUUUUGAGAAUGUUCUAGUCUUAGUGAACUUGAUCUGGGCUUCUGGGUAGCUCAAUUACAUCUCAUAUUUUUUUCUUGU